GUUGUCUGUGUUUUGUGAGGUUUGUAAAUCAUACAGGAAUUUCAGUGUUUGUAUGCUCAUCUUCAGGCACUUAGUAGGUGCCUCACAAACUGAGGGAGUAAUUUUCUUUGCCUCUCUUUGUCUCAACAGAGGACAGAUGCACUCUAGUGCUGGUACCUGUUUCUUCCCCAGGAUAGGAAUACCCCAUAAAUUCAGUUUCCAUAUCAGUAAAGUAAGUCUCCAGAGAAAAUCAGGGCGUGUGGAAGUAUGUGCUGUAUGAAACAGAAACUUCCUCUAGACAUGUAGCCAAGACCUAGUCAGGAUGUGCACCUGGGCAAGGGAGCUGGGGAGGCCUCUGCAUUUAGAGAUGGUCUUCAACUCCUGGAGAGUGAGAUGUUCUGGCUUCUUAAUAAUCAGAUGUUUUGGGAAAAAAAACCCUACCUUUUUCUCUAUUUCUGGUUCUGAAUUAAAACAAAAAUGCAAUCAACAGUCAGUUGGCCAAUCAGCCGGCCUCUUUGCCAUCAGAUUUUGGCAAUUGGAAUGUAGUUCCUAUGCCUAUUUGUCAUCUGAAAAGAGAUGGUUUUGCUUGCUAUAACCCAGUAACUUAUUUUAAUUGAAAAUAUCUAGAUCUUGUAUUUGGUGUCAUUAAUUUUGUGGUCAAACUCUUUGGUUUUUUUACUUCUUUUAAACAUUGGCAGAAAUGUUUAAACUUUUUUUAAUUUGCCUUACCAAGCUGUAAGUAAGAAUGCUGCUAGGAACCCUUUCCCCCCUUUAUUUAGCUUUUAUUGCUAGACUCCAUUUAAAGGAAUGUGGUUUGCAAUAACUUUAUCUCAGAGGAAAAACCCUACAUAGCAGGGAUACUUCUAUGGAUAUUAAGUUUCUCAGUGAGUAAUUCAGAAUGGUGUUGUGUAACAAUGGUGACUGUUAAUGAAUGCUUUGGAUUGUUAAAAGGUCCUGGUUUUGCACACCUUAAACACAGAAGUUGUGUUAUGGUUUUCUGUCAGCUGCAGUUAAUCAUGGAAUCAUGGGCUGAAAAAUACCUCUAAGACCAUCCAGUCCUGCCAUGAACACAGUCCUGUUGAUUGUUACAUUCUUCCAAGGUCGCACAUACAGAGAAGAAACAGAAUUGCUGUAUUGCUGAUUUUAUUUACAGUUCUUUUCAACAAAACUAAAUAAUAAAUGAGUUCACAGGACUGUGUAAAUGCGUUUCUAGGUAUCAGAAAUAUUUAUCGUUUGUUUAUGGUUUGAAUGUGUAAUUUAUCCUAAAAUUAUCAAUACUCAUGUUUUCAGGAAUGUUGUUCAAGAGUUUGUUUUCCUUAAUUUAGUUAAGGAGGAUGUUUUAAUGCUAACUGGUUCAGACUUUUCUGAAUCAUUACUCAGAGAUAAAAGAUGUGGGCAGAGUCGAUAUUUUGAGUAAUUCUUUGUCCAACUCAUUGUUAAUAAGGAUAAAUUGGACUAAAAGGUGGCAUGUUUAAUAGCAUUGACAGCUGGAGCAUAUUUGUGUGGGUUUGUUAGUUUGGGGUUUUUUUUUCAGAAAGAGGAGGUGAUAUUUAACAUGUCCACCUUUGCAGUUUGUUCUGACACCCUGAACAUUGGCUGUCCUUUGACAGCGGCCUUUAAUUUUUCCUGGUGCGCAGUUCAUUUAAAAUGAAAAGAAAGGUUUGUCUGGCUUCUUGGAGUUGUCUUUUGGGCAGAAAUGAUCAGGAGAAAACCACAUCAAUACUGUUUCCUGGAGUGCUUGGGCUCAGUGGCUGCUGAGUGAUAGGGUUAUUUGCUCCUGUGCCAAACCCCUGAGCUACCAAACUACCCAGUCAAGGCAACCACCUGCUUCAUCUCAGCCCUUGCAGUAUUGCAACCCUGCUCUUUUCAGAGAGUUUGAAACACAGGGUCACACUUCUGGCUUCUUUUUUUUCCUAGCAUAGUGCACUUUAAAGUACAGAGGUCAAAAGGAGAAGCAUUUAAAGGUUGCAAGACGUUAUUUUUUGAUAUAACUCCUUGAUAGUAAAAAACCUGGGGCUUGCUUUCUGUCACAGGGAGGGUUUGCAACUGUGCAGGUUUGAAAUAAGGAAAAACAAGUAUGAGGGAACAUGUGAAGGAGGUUUUUCAAAUGUUUGUCCAUGCGUACUUGUCAGGCUUCUGACAUACAUGUGUUUUCUGUGGUGAUAACUGUAAUGCCUUUAGUUUCAGUGUUCUUUGGUUUCAGACUCUAGCCUGAAACUCCAUGGCCAGCAUCCAAAUCCUUAAUGUUAGUGCAUCAUACUGUGGUUUUAUGUAGCUGAUUGUGGCUGCAAAGUGGAAAUUAGGUAAAUAUCCUUAGAGUAAAAGCUGAUUAAUUUUGUGCUCAGGUACCUGUUUAUUGUAGGUUACAAGUUAAUGUAGAACCUGUUUGUCUGGUUUUAUUUUUCGUCUGGUUUCUCUCUCAGUUUCUUGUUGUCCAGCCUCUUACUCUUUUGAUUCAACAAAAAUCACCAUGUUUCAAAUGCUGCCUUUUGUGUAGGGUAAUUAUAUCUCUGCCUGAUGGACACAGCAGAUUACUAUUGCACUGAGGUGAGAGGCAUAUCAUGUAACAAAUGUUCCAGUGCUCUGCUGUUGGGUGUUCUUGUUGUUUGGGCAUUUUUUGUUAACAGAAAUGAAGGCUAUUUAAAACAUUGUCUGCAAGUUUCAGCUGGGAAUAAAUGUGAUCUGCCCAGCUCUGACAUGAGUUAGAUUUCUGUUGAUAACCACCAGCUUUUCCAGGCCUCUGAGAAACAGCUGUAAUGCUUUCAUUUUCCCAGGGUAAAGGAGAUGAAGUGGGACAACCUGUGCCUCUUUCCUCCUCCCCUGCCUCUUUUCAUCCUUCUUCCCUCUACCCCAGUAUCUCUCCACCUGAGGAGUUUACUUUAAAAUCCAGGCCUCUCAUGAUAAGGCUUGGUUUCACGACUUGAAAGCCAAGGCAGUGCACCCCUGGAUGUUCUGUGUUAUGGGUGCUGGGUAUCACAUGUUAGAGGUUUGGAUCAGUGCCAGAAUCGUGGGCUCCUGGAGCUGCUCCUGUGCCAGGGUGCCCUGGGACUGGAAUUUGUCCUGGCUGCUUUUCAAGUCACUGUUUUCACUACCAGUGAGGAAUGAGAUUUUCUUACCCAUUGCUUGUGUUAGAAGUGAAGCAAUCCUGUUUGGAGGAGAGCAGCAGAGGUUUAUUUCAUAUAUAAUAUGGAGUAAUCCAAGUAUGAUCCCUAGAGCAAUGCAGAGUUUCUGUACAGGAAAGAGAGAGCACAUGUGUGCAGCUCUCAUGCUGGGGGUCCCGGGGUAGGUCUGUGCUCUUGGACCGUGGGAGCAGCCCAGUCUGUGAUCCUGGCACAUCUGAGCUCGUUCUGCAGAAGCUGGGAUGGGCUUACAUGUGGCAGUUUGCCCUUUUGGCUGGGCUUCCUGGCCUGGCUUCCCAGCACGGGUGCAGUAGCUCACAAAAGCAGCAGCACUAUGUCCAGAACAAACCUGGAAGUCCACACUCUGCUCUACUUGCUAGUUUAAGGUUUCCAGCUGUGUAAUACAUGUACACGAUCCAAAAACUAUACCUUCCACAUUGCUUCCUAUCCACUUUUCUUGUAGUUCUCUUCUAGUAUUAUACCAGAAACUUGGCAGGUUUUUAUUCUCUCUCUGCAGGAUAUGGCCUAUAAUGACCUUGCAGUAGCUACAUGAGGGGCAGUUGCAAAUUGCUGGAGAAAUUCCACUAGUCCUUGUCAUAUGUUUAUGUUGCCAUUUCACCUUCACAGAGAAAAACUUCCUGGCUGGCUCCAUUAUAUCCAAUAUCUACAUACUGGCAAAGAUUUAAAAACCCUGUAAAGGGUAGAACUGAAACAGUCUGAGGAUGAUCUUUUAAUAGUGUCUGUGGUAACUAAAUAUGGGAAGCUGGGGACCACUGAAGGUGAUGAUAUUUCUCUGAUGUUUGCAUCUAAUCAGGUAGAGGCCAGCACAAAGCAACAAGUUCCCUUUGUAAUAUUGGAGAAUGGAGUUCAUUGAAUGUUUUAUUAUCGCAUUGCAGAUGGUAUAGACAGACCCCAAGAUUGCUCGUUUUGUCUUAAUUUCAAAAAUAAAAAGAAAAACAAAUUUUAAAAGUAUGUGUUUUCAGGGGAAGGACUCGAUUGUUUCUUACCAUCAGUUGUUAGCAAUUCCUGGUACAGUUACUGUACUUGUCACAAAAUGUGCACCUAAGCUGCCACAGGAGUCAGGAUCUGUAGUUGUAGGAUAAAAUGAACUCAUUUAUGUUUUCCUUUUUAAUAGACUGUCUUGAGGUAUCAGAUCCUGUCUUGAGGCAAGUGAUUAUACAGGCUGUCUGGCUGAUGUCACCAGGAUCCCAAAGGAGAAAGAGUAAUCCUAAAAAUCUCUUCUGGGUGAUCCCUUCAGCAACAAGAGAAAUAACUUCUUACCCUUUUUGGAAGAGUUUCUGAAAUACUGUUUUGCAUUAGCCCUUAGUAAAGGAUUAAAUUUAGCUGAGCCUUGAGAACUUGUUAGUGCUAAGCAGCUCAUGAUGUGCAGCAGUAAUUGUUACUUCAGUACUUCAAAUUGUUUUUUCUUAAUGCCUCAUUGGGAAAGUAUCUUAAAGAACCACUUGUUCUUUAAAAAGCAGUAAAAAGCAUACAGCAUUAUACUGGUUUGAGGGGAGAUUAGAAGCUGUGAGUAUUCUCAGAGUGGCUACAAAAUUAAUUGCAGAAAACCUGAGUAUUUGUUCAGGCUUUCCAUACCAGACUUCCUGUUCUUGUAUGUAAAAGUGGCUGAUUGAAGUGCACUUUUAACGUAAAGCUGUUGUCCCAGUAAGUGUUCCCUAAAUACAUUUUUUGUCCUCUCUCUUCAUGAACACAUUGGUGGGAGAAUCCAAACUGAGUAUGAAAUAAUACCUUGAAGUGCUGACAAAAAUACUGACUAGGAAUAGCACUACCAAGUUGGAUCAAGGGACCAUUUAAUUCAGCACCUCAGCUCGGGGUGGGGUUCAGUGGAGGAGGCAUAAUGGGGACUACAGGUAUUGCAAAUCAUAGAGUGAUGCUCCUUUGGGAUCUACUCAGCAUCCAGCAGUUUGGGACUCAGAGGUUUCUGGGGCUUGUGACUUUGUGUUUAAUGGCUGUAGAUGGCUAAAUUCAUGGAAGGAGACCUCAGGUUUUUUUGGAGCCAGUGUGAGUUUUUUGCAUCCAGUACAUGAAAUAGCAGGGCAAUAAAACAGCUCUUUCACCAUUUCAAUUUGCUACCUACUUGUUUUGCUAGAUUCUGCCAUAAUAAUAGAAAUCAGGAUCAUGGACUUCUGUCACUGGUCAUUGUGUAGAUUUCUCACAAACCUGUUCUGUUUUGAAUUUCAACUUGUCCAGUGCUGGUGUGUUGUUCCACAUAUUUUUGAAGCAAUUCCAGAAUGCUGCUUUGCAUUACCCUGUUUCUUCACUGUGCUGCCCUUUGGGUUCUGCUGUCUUAUGGUAUUUUUUAAAAUAAGGAACCAAAACAGCAGAGGACAUUUAAAAUAUAAAUGUCUUGUGAAUGCACACAGUGACAUGUUAAUGAUUUUCUAUAUUGUUCUCAAUUUCAUUAUUUUUCACUAUAAAUAAUACUUAGCAUAUGAUUGAUUCCUGAGGCAGGUUUGUGUAGAAAAGAGCUGACCAGAUGUAGCUAAGUCAAAUUCAAAGACUGUCAGCAUCUCUUGCAUUUUUUCAUAUUUAUCAUUGGUUUGUGCAUUCCAGAGCUUUUCCUCUUUUAUUUUGGUCUUUUGGGCAUUAUGGUGGACAUGACAGAUGAAGUAAAGUGGUGAGUAAGCCAUCUUUGGAAGGACUAACUUCCCUUUACAUGUCAGCAGCAGAUGGUGUUGAGAGAUUAAUGGCAGUUUCUGGUUUUAUAAGCUGACCAGAUUUAUUGUCAGUUGUUGCACAGGUAAUGUCAUGAUUUAAAUGAUUUAAAAUCUCAGCUUUUCCUUUUCCUCCUCCUGUAUUGACCAUUAUAGGUUGGUUUGGCAAGGAAUUUGCUGCUUGUUUCACUGUUUGGGUUUUUUUAGCCUUCCUGUUGCUCUGCUCAGUGUUCUGCUUCACCAAAAUAAUGCAUGUCUAAGUCUCACAUGUAGCAAGGAGUUAGAUCUGCAGUUCAGGGUUGUGUUACUUGGAUGGAUUUACAGGCAGAUAUUUGGGAAACAUUAGUGAUCUGUACCAGAUGUAAUUUCUGGCCCUUAUAGCCCCCUUCUGUCAAGAAAGAAAGAUAUUUCGUAGUAACCCUUAGGCAAAGUAGCAAAAGCAAAAUAUUUUGAUCUGUCUUGGAGCAGUGGGUUCAACCUCCUUUACAAGUUUCCUUGUUUUACAGUGGAUUUUACGUAGGGCAGAUGAACUUUAGGUUCUCCAACAGAGGUCUUUGUCCACAGACACUAAUUUAAUGUUUGUCUAUUAACAUCUUUCUAUUAUAAAUGAAGAGAUCCAAUGGGCUAACUUAUAUUUUUGCUUUUUGUGAAUACCUAAAGUACCUACAGGAGUUGUGCUCCCAUGCAUCAUAAAAUAGUAGUAGCUAAAACUGUAUGUUGUCAAUAAUCAGAAAUUAAUGCCCUUCUCAGAAGAAUUGUUUUUAAAAAUUACUAUUUUGAAAGCUCCCUGGAAGAGGGAAAACUGAAUCUUGUGUAUAUCUUUGUUAAACAAACCCUGCUGUCCUUGUGUAAGGAAGGGAAUUUGUGACCUCAUAGCAGCAACUAAUGCUAGAAAAGCUUGAUUUUGUUUAUUUUUUGCUGUUUUAUUUGUUUGGUAAAUAAACAUCAACUUGAGUAUAUGUUGUGGAUGCUUGUAAUGAAUGAAAGAAUUUGGGAUCUUAGUUCUGGUGGAAGUGACACCACUUUGGUUGUGAGCAUCAUGAUUUUGCACUGCAAAGAUUGCCCUAUUUUAAUACUCAUAUGGGGUUGGGGUUUCCCAGGUUUUCCCAGCAAUAAAAAUGGGGUUUUUUUCCCAUUUUUAUUGCUGGAAAUAAGGGAUGUUUCAGAAAUAAGCUUCAGCAUUGCCAAGUUAAGGUAAUGUCUGUCUGUUUAGGAUUUUUUUGGUUGUCUUCCCCCACCUGUCUCAGGCUUUUACAUCUGUAGAAGAGGAGGAGCUGCUAGAUGAAUGUAACAGCAGAACUUGUGAAAAUUCUUGUGCCUGCCUUUAAGUAUGGGAAUUCAUUUUAAAGGUCUGAUCUCUACAGCAAAGUAGUACUUGGACUAUGUAAAAAUAUUAGUUAACUAACAGAGUCCUUUUAGGCCAAAUAAUUAUUUGUUCUGUUUAAGCUUGGUCAGCUGCCUUCAGAAGUGUUCUUGUUACUAAAAAAAAAAAAAAAAAAAAGUAGAGAUAAGUCUCUGCCUUCACCAGAAAACAGUGUCCUGUAAAUCUAGUGGCCUUUUGGCAGUGCUCUCUGGACUUGGCUUUUUCAGUUUUCUGACAAUAUUAGGAUUCCGAACCUGUACCCAUGCUGUCCUGGAUGUCUGUGAUCUGCCAAGAGGAGGAUACCUGUUCAGAAAGUGUCUUGGGAAGACUCUGUAGGGGCGUAGAAGAGUGCUAAAGAUAAGGUCCUGUUACAGAUUCUGAUCUUGAAGGAUGUGAAACAUGGUACAUGCAGAUAACAAGCUACAUAUGGAUAUGGCAUUCUGAAAAUCUGUAGGCUCCUGCUAAGAGAGAUCAAACUCAAAGCACCGUCAAAGAGGAAAAAGUCCAUCUGUUGAAGUAUAAUAUAGGAGAUCUAGUGUGGUCAAAAGUGUCUGGUUUCCCAUGGUGGCCAUGCAUGGUUUCUGCUGAUCCUGUUCUCCAUGCCUACACUAAACUAAAAGGACAGAAGAAGAGUUUUCGACAAUAUCACGUUCAGUUUUUUGGAGAUGCCCCAGAGCGAGCCUGGAUAUUUGAGAAGAGCCUGGUACCCUUCAAAGAAAAAGACCAGUUUGAACAGUUAUGUCAAGAGAGUGCAAGACAAGCCCUCACUAAAGCAGAGAAAAUAAAGAUGCUGAAGCCGGUGUCAGGGAAGCUGCGGCCGCAGUGGGAGAUGGGCGUGAAGCAAGCCAGUGAAGCAGUGGGCAUGACAGUGGAGGAGCGCAAGGCCAAGUACACCUUCAUCUAUGUCAGGGACAGACCUCACCUUAAUCCUCGAGUGGCAAAGGAGGUUGGCAUUGCUGUGGAACCCUUGGAGGAGAUGGAUGAGUCAUCCUACUCACAUGAAGAAACCACUCCAAAUCUGAAAUCAAUGAAGGAGUCUGGCAUUCCCAGCAAGAGGAGGAGAAGGACAUCAAAACUCUCUGCUGCUGAUGAUGUGCAAGAGAGCAGUCAGUUGGAGGAUAAGAAUACUACUCCUCAGAAGUCAUCUGAACAGGCAGAAUCCAAAAGAGGGAUAGGCUCCCCUCUCAAUAGAAAGAAAACUCCAGUGUCUACUCCACGAAGCAGAAAGGGCGAUGCAGUAUCUCAGUUUUUGGUCUUUUGUCAGAAGUACAGAGAUGAGGUGGUUGCUGAACAUCCAGAUGCUUCAAGUGAGGAGAUUGAAGAGCUGCUGGAAUCGCAGUGGAACAUGCUUAGUGAAAAACAGAAAGCUCGCUAUAACACAAAGUUUGCCAUAGUGACCUCUCCCAAAUCUGAAGAAGACUCUGGUUCAUCAUUGAAGAAUAUUGGAGAGGCCAAACGUAAAGUGUUUCAAGACUCACCUAAAAGGAGAUCAAGAUCCAGAAGUAAUUUACAUGGAAAUAAAAGAAACCAAAAAAAGAGGACAAAGGAGCCUACAGAAGAUUUUGAAGUUCAGGAAGCACCUAGGAAAAGACUCAGGAUGGAUAAACAGAAUAAUCGGAAGAAUCACAGAAGCCUUAGGAUUGGAAGGGGCCUCUGGAAAUCAUCCAGUCCAAUCCCCCUGCCAAGACAGGGUCAUCUAGAGCAGGUUACACAGGAAUGUGUCCAGAGGGAGACAAGCAAUGACAAAACAGCAAAAACAAACUCUUCUAAGGUCACAGAAACCUCCUCUUCACAAAAGAACCAGUCAGCAACGAAAAAUCUGUCUGAUGCAUGUAAACCUCUGAAGAAGCGAAAUCGGGCUUCAGCAGCAGAAUCUUCAACUCUUGCUUUUAGCAAGAGUUCAUCUCCUUCAGCUUCCUUAACUGAGAAUGAGAUCUCUGAUGGCCAAGGAGAUGAGCGCUCAGAGUCCCCCUAUGAAAGUGCUGAUGAGACUCAGACUGAAGUGUCUAUAUCAUCCAAAAAAUCUGAGAGAGGAGUGGGAACAAAAAAAGAAUAUGUGUGUCAGCUGUGUGAAAAAACAGGUGAUCUCCUGCUGUGUGAAGGACUUUGCUAUCGAGCUUUUCAUGUAAGCUGCCUUGGGCUCUCUGGAAGACCAGCAGGAAAAUUCAUUUGUAGUGAAUGUACAUCAGGUGUGCACACCUGUUUCGUGUGUAAGGAGAGAAAGGCAGAUGUGAAACGCUGUGUUGUGUCUCACUGUGGCAAAUUCUACCAUGAAGCUUGUGUGAAAAAAUUUCAUCUCACUGUGUUCGAGAACAGGGGGUUUCGGUGUCCUCUCCACAGCUGCCUCAGUUGUCAUGUUAGUAACCCCUCACAUCCACGAAUUUCAAAAGGGAAGAUGAUGCGCUGCGUGCGCUGCCCCGUCGCGUACCACGCCGGGGACGUUUGUAUCGCGGCAGGAUGCGCCGUCAUCGCCUCCAACAGCAUCGUGUGCACCAACCACUUCACUGCCAUGAAGGGGAAAAGCCACCACGCCCAUGUCAAUGUCAGCUGGUGCUUUGUGUGCUCCAAAGGUGGGAGUUUGCUGUGCUGCGAGUCCUGCCCAGCAGCCUUUCACCCUGACUGCUUAAACAUCGAAAUGCCAGACGGGAGCUGGUACUGCAAUGACUGCAGGGCGGGCAAGAAGCUCCAUUUCCAGGAUAUUAUUUGGGUUAAACUGGGAAAUUACAGAUGGUGGCCUGCAGAAGUUUGCCAUCCGAAAAACGUUCCCCCAAAUAUCCAGAAAAUGAAGCAUGAAAUCGGAGAAUUUCCUGUGUUUUUCUUUGGUUCUAAGGAUUACUAUUGGACGCACCAAGCACGGGUGUUCCCUUACAUGGAGGGAGACAGAGGGAGUAGAUACCAAGGGAUCAAAGGAAUUGGAAAAGUCUUCAAAAAUGCUUUGCAAGAAGCUGAAACUCGAUUUCGAGAAAUAAAACUACAGCGAGAAGCCAAAGAAACCCAGGAGAGUGAGCGUAAACCUCCACCAUACAAACAUAUCAAGGUGAAUAAACCUUGUGGCAAAGUGCAGAUCUACACUGCUGACAUAUCCGAGAUUCCCAAGUGCAACUGCAAACCCACGGACGAGAACCCGUGUGGCUUUGACUCCGAGUGCCUCAAUCGGAUGCUGAUGUACGAGUGCCACCCCCAGGUGUGCCCGGCGGGAGAGCGCUGCCAGAACCAGUGCUUCACCAAGCGCCAGUACCCCGAGACUAAGAUCAUCAAAACUGAUGGCAAAGGCUGGGGGCUGGUAGCCAAGAGGGACAUCAAAAAGGGGGAGUUUGUGAAUGAGUAUGUGGGAGAGCUGAUUGAUGAAGAGGAGUGUAUGGCAAGAAUCAAAUAUGCACAUGAAAAUGACAUCACCCACUUCUAUAUGCUUACUAUUGAUAAGGACCGGAUUAUUGAUGCUGGCCCCAAAGGAAACUAUUCCCGGUUUAUGAAUCACAGCUGCCAACCAAAUUGUGAAACCCUGAAGUGGACAGUGAAUGGAGACACUCGUGUGGGGCUCUUUGCUGUGUGUGACAUUCCUGCAGGGACGGAGCUGACUUUUAAUUACAACCUUGACUGUCUGGGCAAUGAAAAAACAGUCUGCAAAUGUGGUGCCCCAAACUGCAGUGGAUUUCUUGGGGACAGACCAAAGAAUUCUUCCACUAAUGCCUCAGAAGAAAAAGGCAAAAAGACCAAAAAGAGAACACGGAGACGCAGAACGAAAAAUGAAGGGAAGAAAGAAUCUGAAGAUGAUUGUUUCCGUUGUGGUGAUGGAGGCCAGCUGGUGUUGUGUGACAGGAAAUCUUGUACUAAAGCUUAUCAUCUCUCCUGCCUUGGUUUGGUGAAACGUCCUUUUGGGAAGUGGGAGUGUCCUUGGCACCACUGUGAUGUUUGUGGCAAACCUUCUGUUUCUUUCUGCCACUUCUGCCCAAACUCCUUCUGCAAGGAGCACCAGGACAGGACAGUGCUAAAUUCCACGUUGAAUGGACAGUUAUGCUGCUCUGAACACGUUCUCGGGGUGGAUUCUGUUGAAACUCAGAAGACUGAGAAACCCCGCAAAAAACUGAACAAGUUCAAGCCCAGGAGAAAGAGGAACAGAUGGAUGAGAGCUGAAUGCAAAUAGUCAUGGACUGCAGUUUCUACUGCUAACACUAUCUUGUAGAUAAGUUGUGAAUAUGACCAGGGAAGGACACAAUUUUACGUAUAUUCUGUAAAGGUUACAAUGGGGGGGGGGGGGGGAAUUUUUUGUUUUGUUUUUUUUUUAUAAAUCCACUGAGCCAACCACAGCAGUCUUCUGCUGCUUCUGCACUGAUAACGAACUGCAUAGUUCAGCAAACUUCAGGACAAACCAAACUUGUUACUCAGCAUUACAGUUACACUUGAAUCGUUACGAAUGUAAAAUGUUCCCUCCAAAAGACUUGCAGGUUGGAGGUAGGUUAAAAUCAAACCAGGUAGGCGUAAACAUAGUUUUUUGAGAUAGUAUUUGUCAACCAACAGAUGUUUAAAAUAGUAUAUCUUUGAAAGAAGUUGUUAGUUCUCAAGUCCUUUUGAGUAAGAAAUGGCUUGGUCUGUGGUCCCAAUGAGAUUUGCUUGCCUUGUGUGUUUUUGAGCAAGUGCUUGACUGCCAGUCGUGACCCAGGUGUGUCCCUCACUACGGCCACACGCACAGCACUUGGUUUGUGCUCUUCAAAAAUUAUCCUUAAGCAAUCAUGGUCAUCAAUAUCCUUCCACCAAGAAAUGUGGUGCAUGGUGGGAAAGGCACACCCUGUACCAGAGAGGAGGAAUCUGACUUUGCAAGAGAUUUUUUUCUAUACUGUUUUUUCCUGUAUUUCAUCCCAGAAAAAUAUGAAGUUACUUGAUCUUGCAGAGCUGUACAGGUCUGGACUUAAAGGGAUGUUGUCUUGCAAUCUAGGCCCAAUACUUUAGGAUUUUUUUGUCUUAAUAAAAAGAAGUCUUUCAGAAGCUAUUACUUGGAAAAAAUUACUUGAUUUUAAUUUUUUUUUUCUCAAUAGCAGGUAAAAUGCAGAGGCAAACUUUUCUUUGGAAUGCUUGGAGUCCAAGCAUUUCAACAUUGUGAUAAUGCAAGAAAUGCCCAGCAAGGAGCAAAAUCACCCCUGUGAAUGAAACAGAAAGUGAAACUUGACUAAAAUGCAAAAUAUAAAUUCAAAACAAGUAAAAGUGAAAUCGAUUUUUGAAGCAGCAUGUAAGAAUUUUUAUGAGAAAUUUAGCCUUACUCUGUUCCUUUGCAUAUAAAACUGGCUACUUGACAGACUGAAAUUUUUUGUUACAUUUCUAGGAGCUCUGCUCUUGACUCUCCUGUCCCUGCUGUGUUGUGUCAGCAAAGCUCUUUUGAAUUCCUCACCCCCAUUAGCACGAGGUCCUCCCUAACUCACCGUGAGGUGAACGUAUAACCCUUAGUAUUGACAGAAGUAAUACUAGAACUAGGAAAAAACAGUAAAGAAAAACAUCUGUGCCAGUUCUCUUCCCAGUGCACAUCCUUGGGGAGUGAUGGGGCAGCGCUCCAAGCACGUUUUGAUUUUUGCCAUUGUGACCCACCCUCCAUAAGCACCUCCAUGUCCACUGAGCCAUUCGUGUAUGUUCUAGCUUAGUUUGCCCUUAAAUAGUGCAGGAACUCUGUGUAGCCCUUUUGAAAAUGAAGCCUUGCUGUAUCAUGGAAGUGUAUGGUUUUUUCCCCAAGGUAUUUCUUCAGGAUUUGAUUUAGUUCUUGGAAUUGCCAAAACCCCCAUUUAUUCCCAACAUGUAAAAAGUCUGGUUUUAUUAGAAGAUAUUAAUUGAAAGAGGUUAUAAAUGUUGCAUUGCCCUAUGCUGAACACUUUGGUUUCUGUUUUGUGACCAAAAUGCUUUGUUUUUUGAAUCAGUUUUUAUAAACACUGUUGGAAGGUUAAUUUUUUUUUUUUUAAUUUUGAAGAAAUAAGAGUUUAAAAUCAGGGCAAGUGUUAUAUGUUUGCAAUUUUUAAAAUGGUAUGCCAAGCCUUGCACUCAAGUUAAAAUUCAAGAUUCUUUAAUUGAUUUUGAGGGAAACUUUUUCUCUGCCAUGGGGCUGGAGAACAGUCCCGUGCAUAAAAUCAAAACAAAAAAAUGGUAUUAUGGAUGUUUCUUUAAUAUUGGGUUUCAAGGGAAGGAAAAUGAGGUCAGAUAGUAAAGCAGAAGUAUUUUCCUCAUUGCUUUAAAACAAAAUGAAGGAAUUUGAUGUCAUUGGGACCAUUCUUUGAGUACUAUACCAUGUAAGGAAGGCUUUGUAAGAAUACCUUUAAAUAAGUUAUUAUAAAAUUUUUCCUUUACA